AUGCCCGGCGGAAUUGCCGGUUUAUAUUAUGUAUACCUCCGGAUCAACCGGAACACCCAAAGGCGUGAUCGUGACGAACAGGAAGGUUGUCCGACUGGUUAAGUCCGAUAACUAUGUGCUGUUUUCAGGAGAGGAAUCCAUCUUGUCUACAGGCAAUGUCUCCUUUGA